CCACUUUAAAUGUAAGUCAGGCCAUCCCUCUCUGGCUCACCAUCAUCAAGCCUCAUACUUCAGUUCAUCUCACCCGUACAUCAGUCCACCCAACUUCAGUCAGACAGUGUCACGCACGGCAGAAUAAACAACAUGAACGAGAUGCGUAUCCCGGCGGGCGAGUCUUAUCUCCCAGACGACUUCAAGGAUUGCCUGAAGGACGCGGAAAAGAAAUUCGCCGCUGUGGACGCCUGGAAGCGAGACUCGACCAGGCUCUGUGAGAGGUUGGCCGAAGAAAAGGCGGUCAUCAGAAGCUUGCGCGCCGCGAUCGACGCGGCACACGACCGCUGCUUCGCGGCUCAAAAGGAACACGCCGCACGUUGGAGCAACGCCGAGCUGAAAAGGCUCAAACAAGACAUGAUUGCCUUGACCGGGCCUCUGACCGAGGCGCGUAUAGAGGUCCGGAUGGCCCACCGCAACUGGGCGCGCAUCCGCCCGGCGCCCAAGCCGACCCCGGCACUCCUUGAGUGUCUGAAGGACUUCAUGGAGCCGACCGCUACACCGGAACCCGAGCUGACCGAACGCGGUCACCGCGAGGAGCGCGGGUUCCAGGGCUGGAACGCGGAGACGCCCCGAGACUGCGGCGCUGCCGCGGUCGAGGGCUGGCUUUCCAGCAGCACUGCGCUGACAGAUUCCGUGGAAGACGGUUCGUCGAUCUCGGGCUCCGUGACCGAUGGUACGUCGGUCACAGACGGCAGCGAGGGGCUGUCUGAUGGUUCGCCUUGUCCUCCCCAACGCAGGGGGCGCGCCGGACAGCGGAAGUCGCCGAACAACCAGCGUCGCUGUCUACUUGCUACGGCAGACGCACGCAAGAAGCACGGGGCGCCGACGAAGCGACAACAAAAAUCGCGGGGCCGGGGAUCACGAUACCAGCCUUACCGUCGUUGAGCGGCAUUCGGAACGGACUACGGGUGGUGGCCACCGCAGACGCCUUAUCAAGUCGCUGACACGGCCCUUCCCCCCCCUCUUAUGCUUGUUCUUCAGAUCGGAUCUGUCUAUGGGUGUCGGAUGGGUGAGGCUGAGCCGAUGAAGUCUGUCUAUUUUGUAAAAAUGUAGUAUUCAAGUGGUGAACCGCGGCUGGGAGCGUAGAUGCGUGUAUUGAGAAAGAUCAGGAUGACGCGGACAGAUGGUUGAGGCGCAACCCACAGGGUAAAUUUAUAUAUAGCCAGCUUUUCAUUUUUCAAACCAUACCUUCGAAGCCCUGCAACCUAGCGCUCGUGAGACAUUUCUUUAG